CUGCGACGAGCGAGGAGUGCGCAAUGGCCGGGCCACAGGUGCAGCAUACGCAACGUCCGAACAGCGCCUACUACACGGGGCUCAAUGGCAGCGGCGGCUCUGCUGGCGGUGGUGGUGGUGGUGGGUCAGCCUCUGGGGCUGGCGGCAUGGCCAGCAGCGCCUCACAUACGGGCCUGGGACUGCAUGCCCUGCGCCAGGUGUCCAACGAAACGGAGCUCAUAUAUCGGGGCAGUCACAGCAAUGGCACAGUGAACGAGCUGCCCAGCGGCGGCGGUGGCGGCGGGGGACAGGCGGGACGCCAGCUGCCCAGCAACAUGGGCCAACACGGCCGCAUCAUACAACACCAGCCGGCGCACAGUUCGCGCGAGAAUGUCGUGAGCAGCAUCGCGGGCACGGGCAACCUGGCGACGGAUGCGCUCAUCGGCACGAUUGCCACCAGCGCGGGAGCUGGCAGCAGCAGCAGCGCCCUGGCGGCAUUCAACAGCGGGGGCGGUGGUGGCGGUGGUGUUGGUGGCACUGCUGCCGGCACCGGUGGCGUCGUUCUCAAAAAGUCCAGCACACAGCGCAGCAUUGAGAUCAUUGUGGAUGCCACGCAAUGCGGCAAGGAGGCGGCCGACGUGGACGACGUUGAGCAGGGCGACGGUGGCCAGGAGUCAUCCUCCUCGCUGCGCAAGUCCUCGCGCCAUCGCCAUCGGCCACUGCACCGACGCCUGAUCAGCUAUCUGCGCAACCUGUUCCAGGGCAGCGACGCACAGAAUGCUUUGAUCGAGCUGCUCGUGGCCUGGGGCUGCAUCUCCAAGCAUUCCGAACUAGAAGAAUUUGAGACGCCGGCGCGCUACAGACCAGACUCACUGAGCGCCCUGAGCCGGGCCACCCGCUUCACAGAGGACGAGAUCAAACGAAUUUAUCGGGGUUUUAAGGCUGAGUGCCCCACGGGCGUGGUCAAGGAGGAUACCUUCAAAGUGAUCUAUUCGCAGUUCUUUCCACAGGGAGCAAAUCCAACAUUAUACGCACAUUAUGUAUUUAAUACCCUGGAUCAGGAUCAUAGCGGCAUAGUCAGCUUUGAGUUGCAAUUGCAAAUGCGUGCAUUGUGGGCGACACUUGGACAGAUGGUGGGUCGAGUGGGUCCAGUGGGUCGACUGGAGGUUGCCUUCUGCACUCCGUUAUAG